CCCGAAUCUCCGAAUCCGUCAAAUACCCACAUUUGAUGGGUAUUUUGGUCACUAUCUGGGCAGGUUUCGGAUGGAUACCCGGUGGGUCGGUUAGGGUUGCCAAGUUUAAUCUGGUCCCGAAAGAGCCUUUCUACUAUGCUUUAAAGUAUUGGUGCUUUAAAAUACAACUUUAAGUUGUACCACAACGUUAAAGGUACAAGUUAGAGUUGUACCAUAAGGGAAUUUGAUCUUUAUGUUGUGGUACAACUUCAACUCUUCAAGUUGUACCAUAACUUAAAUGUACAACUUUAAUUUGUACCAUAAAGAGAUUUACAAAAUAGUAUAGGUACAAUCUAAAGUUGUACUAUAACGUUAAAAGUAAAACUUCAAAUUGUACCAUAAAGACAAAAACGAAAGCACCAAUGCUUUAAAGCAUUGUAAAAUGGAUGAUAUUUACGUGCAAUCCAGUUUGCAGGGAGCGCCUACAACCUCCCAACACGGAGGCAAUUUAUUGGUUGAUUUCCUUUCAUUUUAUUUUUUUAAGUUUGUAUUAAAAUGGCUAACAUAAGUGGAAGAGUAACACCAAAUGGCAUAAUCACUUUAGUAAAUUGUUCACUUUUUCUAAUAAUACGUCAACAAAUCUGUAUUACAAAACUAAGAAGAAAAACGUUUUUUUUAUUGCCAGAAGCUAACUUAUAUUACCAAGAAAAAAAUAACAAUGUUCAAACAACACGAGUUUAUAAACUCGAGAGAAACCAACCACGAAAAUCAAAACCCGGAACUCCCGCAGGAAACAAGGAAAGAACUUUCCUAGCCACCAAAUGGGCCGCCCAAUUGUUUUGCCUACCAAUGAAUUCCACCUCAAACCGAGCAUACUGCUGACGUAGCAACUAAAUUUCUUCAAGAAUUCUACCACCGUUGACGUCCCGAACUUCUCUCCUACGCACCUUAUCGAGAACAACCUUAGCAUCUCCACGAAAACGUUCUUCCUAAACGCUAACGUUGUAUGUAUUUCAACAAAUAAGAACCAUUUGUUAAUGAUUCUAAUUAAUUGAUCUUAACAUAUAUUAUUAAGAAAAUAGGGUUUUGGUUUCACUCGUUAGGGCUUACGGUAUUUUUGUGUAAGGGCUUAUGAUAUACAUAUAGUACAAUUUUUCAAACUCCGACUAAUUUAACGAAUCAAAAUCCUAAACCUUAAUGAGUGAAUCCUAAAUUCUAAUUAUGUACACUUCAACAUGCAUGCCCUAAAAUGAUGCAGUGGAUGUAUUUUGAAAAAUCAAAAUCAUAAAUUAUUGUUUUCAAUUAAUUUGAGCUUAGUUACAUGAUUUAAUGAAUUAAUGACUAAUUAUACAAUUUGCCGUGAGACGGCCACUUCUAUGGGACAUUUUAAUGCAAAAUUAAGAAAGAUAAAAAUAAAAGGACAUCAUCCAAUAAAAUGGCGCCAUGUGGGGAGGUUGUAGGCAGAGCCUGCAGGCUGCAAUCUAGGUUGCAGGUAAAUAUCAUCCUUGUAAAAUUCCUUGUCCCCAAAUGAUAAAAAGAAAGAUAAACGGAAUCGGAUAGAGCGAGGAGAAGAAGAACAAAGAGCUCGAGUCAGUUCAACUGCUUUUUCCCAAGCAUCUUAUCUGCAAGACAAAGACACUGCAAUCUCCAAGCUUUUAAGCCAUGGCGUCGCUGAUGGUGGCAGCUGUUCCGUCCGCCACGCCUCGUGCGCUCAACCUCUGCCCGGGCUUCUCUUCCUCCCGUUCAGAGAUUCAGGGCAGCUCCUUCGUCGUCGCGUCAUUCGAUUCGCUCAAGCUCUCGGCUUCUUCUUCCUCCACGUCAUCACUUCCCUUGGUUUAUUGCGGCAGAGGCGACAGGAAGACUGCUAAAGGAAAGCGAUUCGCUCACUCGUUCGGCAAUGCAAGGCCGAGAAACAAGAAGAAAGGGAGAGGCCCGCCGAGGAUACCGGUUCCUGCCUCUCCAUUGAAUCCAGACGAAUUGGCACAGGACAGCGAAGAAGCCCCCAUUGAAACCGAUAGACUGAUGAGUUCCUAAUUCCCUGUUCAACCUUUCUUUUCUUGCUGUUAAACGCUUUCUGUAGAUUUUCAGCUGCUGAAACUACUCUGCUGUUUCUAUGUCAUCCCUGUUGCAUUAAGGUUUAUGUUCAAUAAAUUUUGUUCAUGUGU